AUGUGCCCAAUUGAAGAAAGAACACAACGUGAGAGACUAAGAGAUUUAGCCAUAUUUGAAAGAUUAAACGGAAACCCAUCUAAGUCAUCUUCUACACUUGCUGUUAAAAAGUUCUGCAGAACAAUCUCCUCAAAAGAUCUUCGUGACAUAGAUUUACGCCCCCUUCAAGUAUUAGAAGACACCUUAAAUUACCUUCUAACCAUUUUUGAAUCCAAAGAACACCCUUUUGAAUCUGUUCAUGACUUCAUAUUCGAUAGAACAAGAUCCAUUAGACAAGACCUGAGUAUGCAAAACAUCAUAACAGGAGAUCAAGCUGUUAGCAUGUAUGAAAGAAUUGUAAAGUUUCAUAUCAUCUCUCAUCACAAGCUUCGAAUAAAUGCUACUUCAAAUUCAAACGUCUCCCCAAUGCAUCACCUCAACAUGGAACAACUUACAAAGACAUUAGCAUCUUUAUAUCACAUAUAUGACACAAAUCAUAAAUCUGGAGAGUCAUUAUCUUUAUGGUUCAGAAGUCUUCCUUAUUCCAUUAUGAAGUCAAAGGAAAUGAUGUUUUCACGAAGGGUUUUGAGGUAUUUUCGUUUUGGAAACUAUAAAUGUUUUCUUCAUGCUCUAGAAACCGAAGCAUCAUGUUUGCAGUAUUAUGUUAUUGAGCCUUACAUUAGUGAGAUUCGUGCACUUGGAUUAGCCUGUUUGAAUCAUGGAGGUUACAAGCUAAAUCCUUAUCCACUUGUGGACAUAUGUAAGAUCUUGCUCUUGGAGGAAUUUGAUGUUGAAUCUUUUUGUAAAGAUUGUGGUUUGGAUACUUUUAGUAGUGAUGAAGGAAUUAAGUUCAUGCCUACAAAGCAAACAAGUUUUUGCUAUCCAAAAGGGUCUCAGAGAUAUUAUCAGUUGGUGUCAAAACGAUUAAAGAAGUUUUAUAAUGAAGUGCCUUAA